ACACAAUAACACCGUGUCAUUGGGAAUAAUUGAAAGGAAAACAUUCUUUCUUUUUUAUUAAAUCUGAUAAUUUACUGACUGAUCUGAUCUAUUGAAAGAAAACAAAACAAACUGAUAACAAAAAAAUGAGUUUAAUUAUUCGUUUAGUGGCUAAAAAUGCUCGACAACAUCAAAUCAUUAUUCGCAAUAUUCAUUCGAAGACCAUCACUACCACCAACAUUCAGCAAUCAUUUCGUCCAUUAUUAUCACGAUCAUCAUUAUUAUUAAAUCAAAUACAAAAACCGGCAAUAAAAUUCAAUGCUCAACGAUUAUUAUCAUCAUCAUCUGGUGUACAUAAUCAUGCAAAAAUUUGGGUCAUUGAAAAAAUUGUUUCAGCUGCAUUAUUGGCUAUAAUACCGGCAGCAUUAAUCUAUCCAAAUCCAAUAUUAGAUUAUUGUUUGGCAUUUUCCCUUGUAAUACAUUGUCAUUGGGGAUUUGAAGCUAUUGUUGUUGAUUAUAUACGACCAUCAUUAGUUGGUAAUGUUUUACCGAAAAUUUCUUUGCUAAGUCUUUAUUUAGUAUCAAUGGUUGCAUUGGCUGGCCUGUUUUAUCUAAAUUAUAGUGAUGUUGGUACUGCAACUGCAAUCAAAAUGUUUGCAAAAAUGUAAAUCUACCCUAUCCUCAUCUAAUAACACUUAGACACUGAGAAUCAUGGAAAAGAAUUAUUAAAAAAAAAGAAAAGUAUU